UGAUUGCCGGUUCCCACAAGUUCAAUCGCGUCAGAGAAGAGAUAAGUUAACUAGACAGAGAGAAAGAUAGAAAGAUAGAAAGACGCUUGGACUUUUAGUUCUUCUCAACAACAAAAAUAGUUGUUGAUAUCAUCACUUUUUCUACUUUUGGCUUUGCUUGCUUGUGGUAGUAUAACAGCCCUUUGUUAUUAUCAUCAUAAUCAUAAUAACUAUAGUCAUAAUAAUUAAUAUAUUACCUUAAUCACUUCAACCCUUCACUACGACCAUGGGUGUUCUAGGCAUGACGGCGGGCUAUUUGCUCUUUUCCAUUCUCCAUUUCUUCCAGUUCGUCUUAGCCGUUACUGUCUGUGGACUCUAUGGCAUCGACCUACAGCGCGCACGUUCACAUGGUGCAUAUGCUGAUGGGAAAUGGGUCUACGCAGAGGUCGUUGGAGGACUCUCGGCCCUGACGGCGAUCCUUUACCUUAUUCCCUUCAUCCUAAAGUUUGCGGCAGUAACAAUUUGGAGCUUUGUCAUGUUUGUCUUGUGGAUCGCCCUCUUCGGCCUGUUUGGUAGCAUGUACAUCCACGAGGAUCCAGAAGGCAACGCAGACAUCCAACGGAUGAAGAACGCUGUGUGGGUGGACUUGGCUAACGCACUGCUCUGGUUGAUCGGGUUCAUUGCCAGCGCCGCCUAUUGGUGGACGCACCGCGAACGCCGUAGUCGCUUUACCGGCCGUGCUAGGCUAGGCCGCAACGCUUCGACUCGCUCGACUGGCUUGUCUGCAUAGUAGUCAACUUUUUGGUGUCGAAAAUCAGAGGAAGAGUUAAUGGUUUUGUCUUACUGGUGUGUGGGCGGGAAGGCUUUGGUUGUAGGUGAGGGAAUGAGGGAAGAAGGCUUUGGCGGGUAAGGGAGGUAAUGACGGAGAAAAAGCUUAGGGUUUACU